GCAGAGCAGAAGAGGUCAGGAUCACUGAUAUCUCAGGAGUAGCAUGUGUGUGUAUCAUCACAAACACCUCAGCAUCAUCAGUCCUCUGAAGGAGCAGCAGGUGGGAGCUAAGAAACAAACAUGGUGGCAGCACCAGCUCUGCGCUCGUGCCCAGCUGUUUUCCAGGCGGAAGUGCACACCGGAAGUGAUCGUGGUUGUGGUUGUUGGUGUAAACAUGGCGUCCUCGGCUGCUACCCGGGUCGCCGGAGCUGCGCGGGCGGUGAAGCCGAUCCUCAGCCGCGAUGUGGACGAGGCCAAGCGGCGUGUGAGGGAGCUGUACCGGGCCUGGUACCGGGAGGUACCGAAUACCGUGGCAACGUAUCAGCUGGACAUCACGGCACGUCAGGGCCGAGACAAAGUGAGAGAGAUGUUCGAUAAGAACAAACACAUCCGCGACCCGCGCGUCAUCGACAUGCUGGUCAUCAAGGGUAAGAUGGAGCUUCAGGAGACCAUCAACGUGUGGAAACAGAAGACGCACAUCAUGCGCUACUUCCACGAGACGGAGACGCCGCGCUCCACCGACUUCCUGUCCAAGUUUUACGAUGGACACAACCCUUGACCUCUCUCUGACCUUUCACCUCAUGAUCUUCUCUGAUGCUGAACUGUAAAUACACUGCGUUCCUCACA